ACCUAUAUGAUUAUAAUGAAUAUAAUGAUGCUAUUGAUACUUUAGAGAUGCAUUUCAUACUGUUCUAUACGUGUUUACCUAUUGCAGUAAACAAUUGCAUCAAUGUUUGCGACGGUCAUUCAAUGAAAUAAAGGCUUGUGUCUCAAAAAACUACUAACAAUGCCUGAACGAAUUGAAAUUGGUGUCAUCCCUGACAAUUUACGGCACGAGGAGACUAUCGUGCAGAUAGCAGAAGCCCUCGAUGAUCUUGACUCUGCUGUCUCUUAUAUAUUCGAGUGUAUCGACAAGAGAUUACACGAAAACAGCCAAAGGUUGUCGAAUGUUAGAAACCGAGCAACAAAGCUUCAAGAUCGGUUGCAUUACUUGCAGACCAAUUUAAACUUGAAAGCUGUAAAGAUGUACUCUGCUGCCAAGUAUCCUGCUAAUCACACGUACAAGGAAUACGAGAUGGCGAUACCACCCAAGUACAAGGACACUCGCGAAAUACCGGAGAUUUACAAAUGCUCCGUGCCAAUAAAAGAAGUACCCGAAACGUACUUAUCCUCCAAUUGUAAAACAGAGGAUGGUCAAUACGCGGCAAAUAACAAUUUGCAAGAGAAGCUGCAAUUCUUUCACGUGCGAGCCAAAACGAAUAAAGAGGCCUAUAUGGAUAACAACGAACCAUCCUUUCCUCUCAGUUUGUCUUCGAUCAGCGCACUCUUAUUCGAUAGUAUGGAUAAUCCUUACAAAAUAUCAACAAAGCAAACCAGUCAACAAACAUCCGAAAAACAACAGAUCGAAGAUGCCCCUGACUCGAUUAUACAACCGUGGCCGACAUCGGAAAUGGAGUCCUCCUCCAAUUACAUGUACACGCCAACUUUAGGCGAGGUGCCCCAAAUAAACGUGCCCCUAACACUGCCAGAUCUACCUGGAAUCGUAGACGACGAAAAAUUCAUGUUAGACCUUAACGCUCAAAGCCCUAUCGCACCCUCUUCCGUAGUAACUACGCCUACCUACCUCCGUCUCGACUUUCCAACCCCAACGUCAGCCACAAACGAGAAAGAAGCAAGCACGAAGCUCGAGCAGAACGUGCCAAACCUCCCUGGCUUCGCAGACAUCGAUUCCUCCAAGCAAUCUGCUCAGGAUUCAACAGCUACUUCGUCGACGCACGUUUCCUCCGAUGCAUCGAACGCAGUUUCUUCGAAUUCUGAGACAAGUCAUCGUUCAUCGCUGUUAAUGCCUCCACCACCGCAGCCACCUCCACCACCGUCGCUGCUACCACCGCCGCCACCACCCCCUCCGCCUCCACCACCGCCACCGCCACCGCCACCACCGCCUCCUCCACAGCCCUCGUCAGAGUCCGACGUUCCGGACUCUCGGAAAGACUCUGAAACGAGCAAAGCUCCCAAGGAGAAGAGCAAGCCAGCGAAUCCUGACGAUCGCUCCAAUCUAAUGGCUGAAAUCCGCAACGCGGGCGGCAUAGGAAGAGCAAAAUUGAGGCGAACAGUGCCAGAAGAUAAAGAGAAUCGCUGGUCUUCCGCGUCCGUCGGAGGAGAUCUAAUGGCGGACUUGCACGCGAAGCUAGCGCUUAGGAGAAAAGGGAUCGCUGGCUCAGGAACCACUGCUCUGGAGAGGAUGUCCAACAUGAUUCCACCCCCUCCUCCAAAAUCAAACGAAGCUACCGCGUCGGACAGGAACUCAGCCACCAGCGAAUAUGACUCUCAACCGGAUACAGACGACUGGGACGAGUAAUACAUUCCCAGAAUCGUUGUGUUCAAUUUUCUACGUUCUUUAAAUUACAAGGGAAAAAUCGCAGAUGAACGGUAUCCUAAAUGAAACCUCAACCGGACCUGGGAGCUGCGUGCAAUUUAUUUUAGAAUGUAAUUAUUAAGAUUGUUUUGUAGCGUUAUUACGAAGCAGAUAUUUUAAAUUGAGUGUAGAUUUGCUUUGCAAUGAACGUUUCACUCGACACGAUUCGAUGUAACAAAUAGUUCUCUCUUGCUCUUCUUUGGCAAAAUAUUUAUAAGAUAUUGGGUUUUUAUUCUUAAUCUUAAUAGGAAUCUUGUUAAAGAUUAAAAUUCAUUAGUGUCGUUGUUUUACUCUUAGACUUAUUCCAGUUCAUCCUUGAAUAGGUUUGUUAAUUUAUAAAUGGUCUGCAAGAGAUCUUUGUGCAAAAUAAAAUCUUUGCAAACGUACCUACAAAAAUUACGAAUUUAUUCGAUAUUUUGUUAUAUCAUUACAUACUGGGUAAUACCGAGCAUACUUACAGUUUAUUGUACGUUCAAAUUUCCUGUAAAUGUAUAAAAGUCUUAUAUUUUUUUUAUAUAAUAUUCAACGUGCAGGAAAAUUUAAAAUGAGUUUCCCCUGGAAACCAGCACUUUUAUGAAAGGAUGUUCAUCAUUAUUGUCGCAUAUUCCCGAAAGUAUAGCAACGACAGAAACAUAUUGAUGUAGUUAUCGGUUCCGAUUUAACUCUUGACCCCAGAUACCAGAGAGUCUACGCUUGUGAAUCUCAGUGGACUCGCGGAAUUCGUAGCUCUUGCUCGACAGUUGUCGCUUUUUUGACAACAAGCUUAGUCGGUAGAGAUCUAAUUAAUUAACAUGUUCCACGAUUAAAAUGGUUCUUUAAACGCCGAUCAGUCUCGAUCCGUCGAACGAGGGAUGUUUCAGAUGACGGAACAUCGUCAGGGUUCCCUCGCGAGUAUAAACGUAAUAUACAAAUACACAUCCACGUGUCCCAAAUAUCUAAC